AUGGAACAUGCUAAGAGAAUGGUUCUCAUUGAACCACAUUUAAUAGAAAAAAUAAAUAGUUGCAAUACAUCAGACAAUCCAACUUCUCGAUUGGAUGCAGAAAUGAAAAAAAUAUUAAGUAGCAAACUUGAUGAUAGAAAAAAAUGUAUUUUGUAUUUACAAGUUCUUCAAAGAUACUUACAUUUUAAUGAAGAAAAUCGUCGCCCCAUUGAAGUGCCAGUAAUUUUUCAAAAUGAUAAUAUUACAAAAGCAGAUAUAAAGGAUGAAACACAAGAUCCUGCUCCAGUGUUACAAAUACCGGAGAAAGAAACACAGGAUACAGCACCUACAAAAUAUCCUAUUUACAAUCAAAGUCAAAUUUUAAGUUUGAUUCCAAAAAGUUACUGCAAAAAGGGUGAAUCAAUUUUAAAUAUAUUAUCACUAAGUAAGAACAAAGUGAAUUGGAAUGAAGAUAAUGGUUUAGUGAUGAUAGAUGGAAAAACAAUUCCGGGUAGUAAUAUUGUGGAUUUAAUUAAUGAUUUGCUAAGACCUUUGAAAAAUAAUAACCCGAUUGGUUGGGAGGACUUUGCGACUGCUUUGAAAGACUUAAAAAUUCCACUCACGUAUUUGGGAAAUGCACAACGCAUUGAUUUCAUAAAAAAUCUAACGUUAAAAGAUUUAGACGAGUUGUCAACCGACGAGGAAUAUUCUACUCCUACUACAACUAAAAUAAGUCGUAAGAAAUUUUCCUGGGAGAAAUGGAAUCCAUACUAA